AGGAAUGGGAUUGACUGGAUAGUCAGGGUAAAACACUUGUAUGUCCUCUGCUUUCGUUUUUUCAAGCUCAAAGAGCUUGUGAGACUAUUAUUGCAGUGGGUCUAUCACUUCCAGCAAGGGAGAACUUCAUGUAAAACUGGGGUUUUGGAGAAGUCAUCCUUCAAAACUGAUGAGCUGAGAGUCCGAUAUUCAGAGGAGUGUUCCCAUAGCUCUGUGGCCAUUAUGGCAAGUCCAGCCUGGGACCAAGGUGGAGACACACAGCACCUCUAUUGGCCAGACGUCCCAGAGAGCUCCAUCGUCCCAGAGCAGGAUGAAGACAAGUUGACCCAUGAUCAGCUAUGCCUUCCUGGCUUCGACAUGCUUGCCAGAGACAACGGGGAAGGGUCGCUUGGGGCGGUGAACACCCCAAGGGGAGAGCUGGAGAGGAGCAGCAUGGCGGAAGGUUGCAGUCUGGAGCUGGUGCAGAGUAUGGUGGUGGGGGAGGUGCUGAAGGACAUCAAGAUGGCCUGCAAGAUGCUCAACAUUGGACCCAACCCUGCAGAGUGGACAGCAGGCAAUGUCCAGAAGUGGGUGCUGUGGACCGAACACCUGUACAAGCUGCCCCCCGUGGGUGAGGCCUUCCAGGAGCUCGACGGCAAAGACCUGUGUGCUCUGACCGAGGCCGACUUUAGGCAGGUGUCCCUGCACGCCGGGGACAUACUCUACGCCCACUUGGAUAUCUGGAAGUCAGCCUCCCAGAUGCAAGAGCCCGGUUCCCCAGGCGACAGCUGGUCAGACGAAGCUGACUCUCAUGCCCCAGGCCAGACCACCCACCUGUGGCAGUUUCUGCUAGAGCUCCUGCUCCAUCCCCACAGCUAUGGCCGCUGCAUCCGCUGGCUCAACAAGGAGACAGGUACCUUUAAAAUCGAAGACUCGGCUCACGUGGCGAGGCUAUGGGGUCUACGCAAGAACCGACCGGCCAUGAAUUACGACAAGCUGAGCCGCUCCAUCCGCCAGUACUACAAGAAGGGCAUCAUCCGCAAGCCUGCUGCCUCCCAGAGGCUGGUCUACCAGUUCGUGUCACUGAGAGAGGAAGACUUAAAGUCCCAAAGCUAGGGAUGACGAAAUGACUCAGAGUGGAACACUAUCAGUUCGCUUAGGUCACAUGACCAUUCAGUUGACAUUUAUCCUCUGGAAUGAAGACUGCCCAACACAGCAAAACUAGCUCUUGGAAUCCUUGGAGAAAAGUCCUGAAAUUUCUACCAUGGAAAGCAGAGACUGCCUCACGUCGUUUGCCUGUUUUCAUAUUUCGUUCAUAGAACUUUUAGUUAAUUUGCUAGUUUUUAAGAAGAGGAUUUAUAUACUAUGUUGUCCAACAUAAUAGCCAGGGGCGUAUCCAUGAUGUUCAUCGAAUUGUGAUGUUAGUUGUUUAAUGGCAGCCACUAUACAGUUUACACACACACACACACACACACACACACACACACACACACACACACACACACACACACACACACACACACACAUUAGAUUAGAUUAAACUUUAUUGAGUUUGUAUUGUGUUUGUAUUCAUAUCUUCUCUAUUAAUUUAUAUGACAAGAACCAUAAUCCCAAGAAUGACAACCGUAACCCUACUCAUCUCUAACCUUACGCAACCAAACAAACAAGACUUUUAUCAUAUUGUGUUAAGAUUUGAGCUCCACAAUGUAAUA